AAACACGUUUCUUUUCCGUCUUUCAUCACCCCAUACCACCACUACGAUGAGCUUGAGGCGCCAGAAUCGCGUCUCUACGCUUGCAAUAGUACUCCCACAUCCUCCUUUACUCCGGCGCCGCUCUUCGUUGCUCUCUCAAGGCUCUAUUAAUUCCCCACAUACACCAAGAACCUCCAAUUGUGCUUCGCCUACCUGUCAGUCAUGGCUGUUUGCAAACAAUAACAAUAGGAAGAGUACAGAUAGCUGGAAUAGCUCAAAUCAGGAUGUAGGAGAGGAUUGUGAAUCAGAGUGGAAGGCAGACCAGAUUUUGCUAUUAUCAAGGACUUUGGACGCUCUCCCUUCACAUCUCGUCACUCCCUUCAAUGGUCCUAUCCCCCCUUCAAAUCUCCUUGACAAAAUUGCUCGUGGAGUCGCUAAUGCAAAAGGUCCUGCCGAGUGGCCCCACUCCCUGCGUGCGACCCGUGUCAAACUCAUUGAGAUUGCCCGGCAACGUGCUAAAGAGGACCCUCCACGGGGACCUAAAUACGUGGUGACGGACGAAAACGAUGACAUUUCCUGUUAUUCUACAGACAGUGACAUGAAUAAUAGAAAACGAUCGCGAGUCAUAUCCCGACGUCCGCUCUAUCGUCAAUCUAGUAUGGACUUUGUAAAUCCUGGCGACCGUAAGAAUGGGGAUAAUAUAACUCGUUUAUCCACUCGCUUGCAGCGCACAGAUAGUCUUGUCCCAAACCCGACUUAUCAUCCUUACACAAGAUCUCGUGCUCGUGCUCAAACUCAGUCGCAAACUCAAGCUCGUAUCGAUCAGAUGAAUCGUCGAUCCUCGUCGCCUCCUCGGCCCGCGCACGUUCCUUCUCUCAUUAGCCCCUCUACACCCAGUUCCUCCACCCUCAAUUCAUUCUCGUCUCUCUCAACCUCCGCUGCUCGUCCCCACGUCAUUCGUCGUUCAGCUUCGACAUUUAGCAGCUCGGACAGCUCAAUGAUCAGCGGAAAUCGAAGUAGCCUAGCUGACAGUGAGGUUAAGGCACAUCUCUUGCCAUCCGUUCUACCCAAUCCCAUCGACGCUCGAGUUCAACGUGUGCGAAGAUCUGAAUCAUUUUAUAAUCCGCCGUAUAGUGCAUCGAAUGAUAAUCAUCCUUUCGUAGCCUCUGCAAGAACCCCUCCGUCUACCCGCCAGGCCUUCAAGCGUGCUCCGUCUUAUGGUGCGCUUGUCCAGGAAGCCAGAGAAAGGGAGAAAGAAAAGCGUUCAAAUGGUGCCGUCCCGCACAUAUACGGGUCGAAGAGUAGGGAGGAGAUGAAUGUCAGUCCAUGCCCCUCUAGUGACGAGGAAGAGAAACUACGUAAUAAUCAGGCGAAAAAGGUGAAAGGGCCUGGAGGAAAAGCCAGCAGAAGUCCUGCUGCCUCACUCCCACCCGAUUCUCCCAGUUCGGACCAAGGGAAAGCAAAGAAGCGUACUAAAGCGAAAGACGCGGUUUUCUCGGAAAGUAAGGCUACAUCAUCUCGUCUUAAAUCUCCUCCUCCUGCGUCUAUUUCUGCAGUGGUCCCUACUCAGCCCUUGGGUCGUCCAGGUCCACAGAUGAAUCUACAACAUUCAAGUAUAUUUGGGGAAGAAUUGCCUCAUCUACAUAUUCCAGCUAGUCGUCCUAUCCCUUCUGCCUCUUCAUCGUCGUGUAAUCCACGUCAUACUGCCACCCCCAGUCAGCCUGCAAGUCAGCCUGCAGGGCCUCCUCGAAAAACUCUUCGACGUGUCAAGCGUUUGGCUCCCUCUAGAAAAAUCUCUUUUGGGAGUCUAGUCGCCCCUAAUGGCAAUGAUACUGACGUCGAAGAAGACGACAAAGGAGGACAACAUCCCAAAUUAGGGAGUGCUUUCCAAUUGUCCUAAUUUAACCAUGACCAAGUUGGCGAAUCCUCGCAUCCUCGGUCUGUACUAUCUCAAAAAAAAACUUCCCUAUUUGCCUGCCUUCCGGUGGUUCACAUCGUC